AUGGCUAAUACUUCCGUCCCACCGUUCAAGGUCAAGGCCUUGUUUGACUACAACUCUCCACACGACGAUGACCUCAACUUCCCGGCUGAUGAAGUUAUCACUGUUACCGAGGAGGAAGAUGCUGAUUGGUAUUACGGGGAGUAUCAUGAUAAGGCUACAGGAGAGUUGAGGCAGGGAAUAUUCCCGAGGAAUUUCGUUGAGAGGAUCUUGGUUGAGCUUCCUCCUAGGCCAACUCGAAGUGGGGGUGGUAGGAAAAAAGUAACGGAGGAACAUCAACCGGAACCCCCGGCCGACUACCUAGUGUCAUCAAUUGCGGCCCCGAAAGCUUCUGAAACUCAAACUGCCAUUCGUCAAGAAAAGCUGGAGGCAGCUCAACCUGCUUCCUCGCCACCCGUAGCGAAGGCGGCGCCCGCAUUCAAGGCUCCCCCAAAGCAAACUCCAGCACCAUCUGCUGAGAAAUCAGCUCCGUCAUCGUCUAAACCCCCACCUCUGGAGAAACCAUCUUCGUUUAAGGACCGCCUUGCAUUGUUUAAUAAGGGUUCUGCAGCUCCUCCUGUGCCCUUUAACCCUCACAAGCCACCCGUCAAUUUUAUCAAGAAACCUUUUGUUCCGCCUCCCCCGAGCAAACACGCAUAUGUCCCUCCGCCAAUCCAGAACAUACCAAAACCCAGGAGAGAUGAGGACUCUAAUUACAGCCGCCCAGAUCAAGGGGAAGCGCCUGCGAGGGGUUCUACGGAGCAAGAGAGGGAGAGGGAAGACGAAGGGCCCAAAAUGACGCUAAAAGAUAGGAUGGCAUUAUUACAAAACCAGCAGCUAGACCCUACUGGGCUUGGAUGGAAAAACAAGAGACCCUCGAAGCCGAAAAGAAAUGAGAGCGAAAGAACCCUGGAAGAUGAUCAGUCUUGUGCUGCCCCUGAGGACAGUUCCCACGAACACAGGUCUCACGAUUCCACCAGGCCCCAGACUACUGAAGGGGAAGGAUUGGAGGCGGCACCGAAACAGAAGAGGAGUGUCGAUAUCUCCCGCGAAGACACAGUUGUGGAGGAAUCGAGUGCGGGUGAUGCAGAUAUUUCUUCUGCUUCGGGGUAUACUGGUGAAGAAACCAUUACUAGCAGAAGCCGACUCCCGACCACUUCUCAUAGGGAAGAUAAAUCGGAUGAUGGGGACGACGAGGGCGCGAACGAUGACACCCCAGAUAACCCGGAUUCGGACGAUGAGGAGAUCGAUCCUGAGGUAGCGAGAAAGCUGGCUAUCAGGGAGAGAAUAGCCAAGAUGAGUGGCGGGAUGGGUAUGCAUGGCAUGUUCGGCGGCAUGCCCAUGGGAGGGCCUCCUCCGCCGCCGCCAAAGAAAAAGAAGAGCUCUUCGACAUCUAUGCCUCCCAAAGAGGAAGAUGAGAGUCUUAGGAGGUCUUCAAAUGACGGUGAUGAGAGUGAAAACAAAGGUUCGAGCGAUUACACACAAUCGCCACCAGUCGCCUUGCCAUUUGCCUUGCCCAGAGUUCAAUCCCCACCCGCCGCUGAGCAAAAAUCCGAUAGCGAAGCUGAAGCGCCCGCCAGAUAUAUAGGUGGAACAAGCAAAAGGGUUUUCGAAGAGCAAUCGCCGGAUGAGGUUGUAGAUGUGGAAGAUAUCAAGUCACAGCAAAGCCAGCAGACGACCCCUCCACAUCCUCAGGGGCCGAGGCCUAUGCCAGGAUCACCCAUACUUGAGAAGAGACAUUCGCAGAUCUCACCACCUUCAAUACCUCAGGACCGCCCUGCACCACCCCCUGUUCCAAAUGAGAGGUCUGCACCUCCUCCGCCUCCUAGCGAACCGCCUACUACGCAAAUUCCGCCACUAGCAGCUCGAACACCCUCCGAUGGAUCUGUUUCUGAUGACGAACUCUCCGUUCAUGCGGGUAAACUCACUAUUUCUACUUCUGAACUUGGUGAGCUUCGGGCGGCCCCUCCCCCACCGCCCUCUGGACCCCCCAGUAUUCCCAGCGGACGCCCAGGCUCUAGCUACGAUGCUUUAUCACCCACGUCACCCACGAGCAAACGUGUUUCUCAAGGCUACUCCAAUACUCAGUCCUCACCUACCGCCUCACCGGUUACACCUGGAGGCCAGAACAAGCGAGCUAGCUAUCAGAGGGCAGCAGCCAGUAUGGACGAAUCCCGGCCGGAUGUUGCAGGAAGCCAAAGGCAAUCCGAUACUGAGGAAGAAGUGACCGAGUAUGAGGCAGAUUAUGAUACGGAUAUUGGAAAUAAGGUAGCGCAUAGAGAUGCUUUAAAGGGCAAGGAGGUCGGAAGGCGAGACGGUCAUGACGACGACGAGGGAACACCAUUGCCCUCACCUAUUAUCGCCCCCCAGGCACCCCCUAGGAACGUACCACUACCACCACCUCCGGCCCCACCAUCCAAUCCCCCACCAUCUAGGAAAGGGCGGCAGUCAAUGGAUAUGCCACGGGCUGCACCACCCCCACCACCACCUGCUCCACCAUCUCAAGAGCCAGAGAGAUAUGAGGGCCCUGGCGACUACGAUCCUUACAGUUACGAAUCUCCCCGUCUUGCCUCUCCGCCUCCCCCACCUACAUCCGGGCUUCCUCCACCACCGCCGCACCAGGCACCUCCCUCUCAGCGAGACCAACCCCGAGGCAGCGCCGGUAGACAAUCCAUGGAUUCCUCUAGACCCGUAGCCGGCAGGCGCUCAAUGGAGCAAGGCCGACCGGUUGCGGAGUUUGUUGCUCGAGAUGUUGAUUUAGGAGAACGGUCUCAGUGGUGGAUGACCCCCAACACUCCUCCUCCUAUCUUCCAGAAUCGCUUUAAGGAACUCUAUUUUGAAGUCGAAGAAUCCACCUCAACUAGGCGUGGCGGAAGAACAACAGUGACCAAGGAUGUUUAUGUUCUUUUCCACGAUUAUUCCCAGACAGUUGUGACUGCACGCUAUGAUCGCGAUGACUCCGCCAAUACGUCCCUUGAGCAGCGACAUGAGCCGCCUCCGCCAAACCCUCGACAGGAUCAACUCGAAGAGUUUCAGACUAAAUACGGGGCCAAUAUCUAUAAUGGAGCUAAAUCCCGCGAGAAUACUGUCGUGGGAGACGGAGAGCCUCAUACAUUAAUUUACGAACUAUUCAAACUUGUUCCUAAUGCAUUAAGCCCUGCCGGUCACCGCUCAUAUGGCGCCCUUGUAUAUGCCAACCUUGCCAAUGCCAAUACUAUACUGAAUGAUGAGAUCAGAGCCGGAGAUAUCCUAUCGUUUCGAAACGCCAGAUUCCAAGGACACAAAGGAGGCCUGCAUCAAAAGUACUCAAUGGAUGUUGGAAAGCCGGACCACGUCGCAAUAGUUGUGGACUGGGAUGGAACAAAAAAGAAGGUCAGGGCCUAUGAUCAGGGUAGAGAGAGCAGAAAAGUCAAAAUCGACAGUUUCAAGAUAGGUGACCUGCGCAGCGGGGAAGUGAAAGUGUGGAGGGUUGUUGGACGAGAUUGGGUUGGAUGGGGUCGAGGGGAGUAGUGACAAUGUAGCAUUAGUUAGAUGAUUGCAACCCGCAAGGUGUCUUUCUUUGAAUGUGAUUGGGGAAUUUUGUUCUUUUCUUCCUUUUCUUGUCAGUUUCUUGGAAUCGGACUUUCCGCCUGGUUUUCGUUCUCUUUUUUGAUGCUGAUAAUGGGAGUGACGAAGCGGGUGGGGUGGAAGGGCUCGACUGUGCUGAAUUGAAAUUC